CUUUGAUUUUUUUAUUCUUCGUCGUUCGUGAUUUUCGUCGAUUUUCGAUUUUUUUAAUUUUUUCGUCAAAACGAAUCAAAUAUGUUAUUUCUAUUAAUAAUUAGAGAAAGUUAAUAAAAAUGUUUCUCAGAUCGUGGAGGUCAGUUAGAGUAGGCUAUAAUUAUUGUAAAUAUCUUUCAUCUCAGAAGGCGGAGACCUCGGCUAGUGAUGCAGUUGUCUUGAGUGAUACUUGUGUACAAAAGUUGAAACAGCUAUGCGAGGGUAACGUUUUUUUAAGACUAUGUGUGGAGAGUGGCGGCUGCUCAGGAUUCCAGUACAAAUUCGAUUUAGAUGAUAAAUUAGCGGAUGAUGAUAAAAUAUUCGAGAAAGAUGGCGUGCGUGUGGUGGUUGAUGAAACUUCUUUAGAAUACAUUAAAGGUUCAACAAUAGACUACCACACAGAAUUGAUCCGGUCUGCUUUCAGAGUUGUACAGAAUCCAAACGCAGAUCUUGGUUGCUCCUGCGGUGCUAGCUUUUCUAUAAAAAUUGAUUAGUUUUAUGAUACAUGUGAAUAAAUUUAUUAUACUCUGUAACUACAUAUUUUGGGUAUGUAAAAACUAAGGUGUAAUAAAUGAAUAAUAAUAAUCAUUAGUUCCUUAUCCUAGUCA